GUGUCAGUCAGUCUCUCCACCGCCUCUUUUGUCCCCACGAAGAAGCCCAGCCUACCCCCUCAGCGAUAGCGAGGACUCUUGCCGCUCUACUCGGCUCGCCAAAGUCUCCAACUCCAGACUGUGCCUCAAGGACUGGAGCAGCCGCACAUCUACGUUGCGAAGCACCUCCACAAGCCUGUCGGACACUGACUCCCCAAGCCACCCUCUUAAAGCCGUCAGUGUGGGUGCUUUGGAUAAAAGGCUGUCUGUGUUCAAGGGUGAGGACCAAAAGGAGAGUCCAAAGGAGGCUCAAGGUGGGGAAGCAAUAGGGAGCCAUCCACUCGCCCGGAGCACUCUGUCCUUGGGCACUGCCACCAACUUGAGGAACCUCUCCCUCAGCCGGGCGAGCAUCCGCUCCCAGGCAGUGGACAUCAGGCAGAAGAUCACAGAAUGGGAAUGCCGCCGGGAGCCAUCCCCCAGGAUGAGCACGUGUGUGGACAAGAGGGAUGCUGGGGAGAGGUCGGGCAGUGACAGCUGCCCCAGCGUGCUGACCUCUCCCUGCAGCGAGAAGACGUUUGAUUUCAAAGGGCUCAGAAGAAUGAGCCGAACAUUUUCCGAGUGCUCGUACCCAGAAACGGAGGAGGAGGAACUGCUAGACAGGGAUUCCUGCCAUCGGUUCGAAAAGAGACCAGGCAGGAGCGAGCCUCCUUCUGCUGCUUUCCUCAAGGGCCAUGUGAGGAAAGAGUCCUCUGCUGUGCUCAACAGAAUACAGAAGAUUGAGCAGGCACUAAAAGAGCAGCCUGGCAGAGGCCUCCCGCAGUUACCAAGUAGCUGUUAUAGUGUUGACAAAGGGAGGAAAAAGUCUGUGACUCUGAGUACUGUGGAGGGACUGAGUGAAAGCCUAAGUGAUAGCAAAGGAGGGAGUGUUAUUUUGGGGAGUGAACCAGAAACACCUACUGAGGCUGAGAAAAGCAGUAAGACAAAACAGGGCGUUACUGCCAACUCAGCUGGCCCUAAACUGCUCCUCGAAAGCCCAGCUAACAGCGCCGUGAAUCCUGUCCCCAAGCCCAAACGCACCUUUGAAUAUGAAGCAGACAAAACCCACAAAAGUAAACCAAGUAAUGGCCUACCUCCAUCUCCUACACCUGCUGCUCCUCCUCCUCUCCCAUCCACCCCUGCACCCCCUGUCACCAGAAGGCAGAAGAAAGAGUCGCGCUUUCACAGAAAAUCCCAGAAUAGAAAAUCCUUUGAGUUUGAGGAUGCGUCAAGUCUGCAAUCCCUGUACCCUCCCUCCCCAACUGAAAAUGGGACUGAGAGCCAGCAUAAAUUUGGAUCCAAAAGCACUUUAGAAGAAAAUGCCUAUGAAGACAUUGUAGGUAAGAACCUGUUGCAAUACAUGGCCUGGUGCUUCUCAGCAGGACAUCUCUCCCUCAUUAGAAACCAGAGGAGAGCUGUGGAGAAGUUGUGA